CCGGUCCCGGUUGCGCUGCGGGUGCCGGUGCGGGGAUGUGGGCGUACGUGGUGGCAGCGCUGGCGGCGCUGUUCCUGCUGCGGCGCUGGUACCGGGAGCGCCAGACGGUGCCGGGGCUCCCGGAGAAGUUCGUGCUCAUCACGGGCUGCGACAGCGGCUUCGGGAACCUCCUGGCGCGGCAGUUGGAUGCGCGGGGGCUGCGGGUGCUCGCUGCGUGCCGGAGCGAGGACGGGGCCGCGCGGCUGCGGGCGGCUGCGUCCCCCCGACUGCAGACCCUGCUCCUGGACGUCACCUCCAGCCCCAGCAUCGCUGCUGCCGCCGCAUGGGUCAAGGAGCGAGUGGGUGACCGAGGGCUCUGGGGGCUGGUGAACAACGCGGGUGUCGGCACCCCCAGCGCCCCCAACGAGUGGCUGAGCAAGGACGACUUCCUCAAGGUGAUCAACGUCAACCUCAUCGGCCUCAUCGAGGUGACGCUCAGCGUCCUGCCCCUCGUGCGGCGGGCGCAGGGCCGCGUGGUCAACGUGGCCAGCGUGAUGGGCCGCGUCUCCUUCUUCGGUGGGGGGUACUGCAUCUCCAAGUUCGGCGUGGAAGCCUUCUCCGACAGCCUCCGGCUUGACAUGCGUAACUUCGGGGUGAAGGUGAGCAUCAUCGAGCCCGGGUACUUCCAGACGAACAUCACCAACGGGGAGAACGUACAGAAGCAUUUUAUGGCUGCCUGGGAGAAGCUCCCGGAGGAAACCAAAGCGGAUUAUGGGGAGAUUUACUUGAAGCACUUUGUGAAAUCCUUCGGGAACAUGAAGAACCUGUGCAGCCCCAACCUGUCGCUGGUGACGGGCUGCAUGGAGCACGCGCUGACCAGCCGCUACCCACGCACCCGCUACACCGCGGGCUGGGACGCCAAACUGCUCUACAUCCCCCUCAGCUACGCGCCCAGCGCCCUCUCCGACCGCGUGUUUGCCAAGUACCAGCCCCAGCCUGCCCGCAAAGCCUGAGGCAGGGAUGUGGUAAAGGCAAGGAGAGAGCUGGCAGCACCAGCUCCUUCCUGGGCUCCCGAUUCAAUGCACGUCUGGGAACCAGCUGAAUAAAGGCAGCUCCUGCUCCUGG